ACUAUUAUUAUUAUUAUUAGUUUAAUUAAUCACGCUUGUUGUUGUUUAAACAUUAGCCAGCAUGCUUUUGUAAUAUGGCAUAGAAAAUUGUGUUUACCAAAUCAACGUGAAAAGAGCAACAACAACAAAGGCCACAGCAGCAGCGCCAGCGAUGACGUCGUUGCUGCCUCGGGAUACGUCACCAAUGGAGCCAAAGGAGCAGCCAUCUGCUGCAGCGGCAGCAGCAGCAGCAGCGCCCACACGCAUACCACAUCCGAACGCCUCGGCUGUUCCGUUUGUUCCAUUGCGGCGUUCCGCCUCUAUGCGCUUGCGCGGCACAAAAGCGCAUCCACAGCUCAUUGGCAGCGCCGGUGAAUUCAGUUCGCGCGUCCAGCUCUCCGGCAGCACAACGAACGCGCGCCCAUUGUGCGUCCAGCCAGUUGUGCCUUUCACGCGUAAUCAUAGCUGGAACAAUUUGGGCCACAGGCAGACGGCUAACAAGACGGACUCGACGCAUUUCCAUGCAUUAUGCAGCGGCGACACCGAAUGCUUGCCCCUAGCAGAGCAGCUAACUGAGCUCCAGUUGAGUCCGGACAUGGACGCCUCCAAAUCGCGAAAUAUGUCUCUAAAGCUGAACGGCGGCAGUGCAGAGACAGCGGGCAUCGCAACGGCCACGUCGACGUCCACGCCAAAGACGCCCAAGACACCGCCCGAGCCGGGCCACAGCUGUGUGCGGGAUAAGCAUUGCGCCCGUUUGUCCAAAACGCUCAACAGGAAGCAGCAGGACUCCACUGCGAAGCUGUCCACGGUGCACGAGACGAAGAUAUCGCCCAAGACGCCGCCAGGAACGCCAGAUUCACCGAGCACCUAUCUGGAUGAUGAUCUAGAUUCGAUGUAUUCAUUUGCGACCACCACAUCGGGUCGUUCGACCAUGUCCUGCGAGCAUCCCUAUGUGGCCAGAAACGGCACCACCUUCAGUGGACGCAAAAUGAAGUAUGUGGUGCACUGUUCCAAUUAUGCGGGCCAAGUUGGAGCCGACUAUCUGACGCCCACGCAGCGGGCACAGCGUCAGAUACGACGACUCAAGGAGCUGUUGAGCAUAGCGCGACAGGAUCUGGAGGCGAAGGAUACGGAGAUAUUGCGUCUGACACGCGAGGUUGUCGAGCUGCGCCUGUUCAAGGCAUCGCUCAGCUCGCCCGAGGAGCGUUCCGCCUCCUCGGAUGCGGUAACGGUGCGCGAGGCGGAGCUGAAGACCUCGCAGGAUGUCUCGCCCAUUGUGGACAUGGUGGACGAGGCCAAGUGCAGUCCGCGCCAUCUGGCCCGUCAGCAGCAGCAUCAGCAUCAGCAGCUGCAAAUGUCCGCCGAGAUGCAGAGCUCGUAUGCGGACUCGGGUCAUUUUGAGGAUCUGACCAUGUCGUCGGUGCACUCGAAGGACUCGCAGACGCAAAGCGAGACGCCCGAGGAGACGGCCGCGGACGCGGCGGCAGCGUCCAGCAGCCUGGAGAACUACGAGCUGCAGCGCCAGGAGCUGAUACGCAUGUACGAGCAUCGCAUCGAGGAGCUGAUACGCACCCAGGACGGCGCCGCCAGCGACCUGAAGCGCACACACAACGACAAGGUCGAGGCGCUGCUACAGAAGCUGGCCGAAUGCAACACACGCUACUCGGACAUUGUGCCGGACUAUGAGCACGCCAAGCAGCGCAUCCGUGAGCUCGAGAAACAGCUCGAGGAUCUGCAGCGCAAGCUGAUCGAGCAUGAGGAGAAGCAGAACAAAAUGUAUUUGCACAUGUACCAGCAGGGACAGGAGGCGGAGCGCAUAACGCGCGCCGAUCAGGCAAUGGAACUGGCACAACGCCAGCCGGACAGCAAGGUGUCCAUCAACGAGCUGCUGCAUCAGCUGCAAAGCACACAGGAUGAGCUGGAGAAUAUACGCGCAUCAGAGUGUAGAAUGAGGGAAUGCGGCAGUAAUCAUGCUCUCCUUACUGCAAAGGAGGCGAUUUCUUUGUGGGUACUUGGCGCGCGUAAGACCAUUUAUCGACGCUUGUUGGAGGCGCAAAAGAAUCGCACCCAUGUCGAUCCGGAGGUAACGCUGCAGUUCCUGAAGAGCGCCAUUUUCUACUUUCUAACAGAUAAGGAGAACUCGCAGGGCCAUCUGCAGGCCAUCGAGAGCAUUCUGGAGUUUACCGAUGAGGAGAAACAGAAGAUUACCCAAGCACGAUCGACAAAGUUCUGCAAAAUAAUGUUUUAUUUUUUUAGUGCAGCUAAAUUCAUUGUUUUGUGUGUUGUUCCGUUAACGAAUUUAUUUUCAAUUUUAUUUUGUCAUGUAAAAUAAUUUUUGAUAAAUUGAGACGUACCGUUCCUUUUGGCGGCAACAGCGAAAAAUAUUGU